AUGGCUGCUAUAAGUUCAGACUACUACAAUCAAAUUAAGAUGCUCUGUGCCAGAAUAAUCACUAUGAAAUGGCUUCUAACACCUAUUCAAUUUGAUCCUAUUCAAUAUUUUGAUUCAUCAAUUCAUACGAUUGAUCACCAAGCACAGACUUACCUCCUUAAGGCUGAUUCUGAUGUCCAAGAUAUGAUUCCUAUUAAAACAUUAAGUGAUGGGAAUUGCUUGUAUCAUUCUAUUGUAUAUCUUAACAGGAGUAAAGCUGUAACUGCAAGUGAACUGCGAAAACUGUUUCAAAAUGAAGAACAAUAUAGAGAACGUUUGCAAUACGUGGUUGGACUAUUUCCUGAAGCGAUUCGUGGUGUUUCGAUAAACGGUACUUACUCGGAGUUGUAUGAGAUUGUAGCAUUAAGCAAUAUUCUCAAAUGUAAUAUUCGAAGCAUAUAUCCCAGGAUACAGUAUCGAUCAGACCUAGACACAAUGAAAACUACCUUUAAUUUCAACCAAGAUGGUUCCUUAUCUAAUACAAUUCGUAUAUUCUGGACUAAUACGCGAAAUGAAAUCGAAGUACGUCGUGAUAAUGGAGACAGUUGGUCACCCAAUCAUUUUGUACCACUUUUAUUACCGUCUGGCAGCACUGAGACUUGGAAUCAAGCUAUGUAUUGUGCAAAUAGUAGUCCAACCCAUAUUGAAAAAGAACGAGCGGCAGCUCAGGAAAGGAUGACAUUAAAACGAUCCAUUGCUACUCCAGAGCUAAUCGAGAGAGAACGAGCAGCGACCCGCAAAAGAAUGGCAUUAAAGCGAGCCACUCCUACACCUGAGGAAAUUGAAAAGCGACGUGAAACAGAACGUGAAAGAAUGGCUUCGAAACGAACUGCUGCAACACCUGAACAACUUGAAAAGAGACGAGUAACAUCACGUGAAAGAAUGGCUUCGAAAAGAACUUCUGCAACACCUGAACAAAUUGAAAAACGACGUGAAACAGAACGUGAAAGAAUAUCACGAAAACGUAAGAUUUUAGCAGCAGCAGGGCCAACACAUCAAUCAUUGUCAAAUCUUCAUCAGACUGUGGCGAUACUAGGUGCAAAAAACUCGAAUCUUUUGUUACUCAGUCCUGUUGAUAAUGAAAAUCUGAAUGGCGAAGCGAUAAACCAAGAUUGUGACAAAGGUGACAGUCUGAAUUCAAUACAGCAACUAGAGAUAUCAAAACAAAAGAGAAACAAAUAUUUGAAAGGUGAAUGGCCGAAACCGGUUUCAACUGAUUUGAAAAUCAAGUGCUUAAAAGAUUUCAUGAAACAUAUGUCGAUGACUUUUCUUGAAGAGAAAAUAUGUGGAAUAUGUAAUACACGUUGUUACAAACGCGAUCUACAUUGUGUACCAUUACAUAAAAUUCCAUUCGUUCAUGUACUCAAACCACACGAUGAUCUAAAUGAUGUAAUUGCUAAAAUUCAGCAAGCUGACAACCGCGUCACUUGUUCGUCAUUAAAACUACCGUUCAUCUAUGAAAAUAAUGCUUUUUUUUAUCAACGAGGAUUACAACAUGGAUUAAAUAACGAUCGACGACAGACUACACGUUGCAAUAUUUGUAGAGAAUGUUGGUCUUGUCUCGUAAAGGAAAAAAUACCAAAAUUUUCACCGGCGAAUAAAGUAUGGUUGGGAGAUAUACCUGAAGAAUUGAAAAACUUGACCAUUCUAGAACAAAGACUCAUAUCUUUGUAUCGAUAUAAUAGUUGCAUUGUCAAGUUACAAUCGUCUUUUCAUUCAAUGGAGACAGCUCAAUCUGCUCUUAGGGGCAAUUGUAUAAGUUUCCCCCAAAAUGUUGUCAACAUUGCAGAAAGCUUACCACUCACACUAGAUGAACUGUGUGAAUCCUUGAAAAUUAUUUUUAUUGGGACACAACUUCCGGAAAAGAUUCGAGUAAAAAGUAUUCUAACUGUUCGUAAGAAAAACGUAUUAAAUGCACUACAAUGGCUUCGUCAAAAUAAUCCCCUCUAUCGAAAUAUAAUCGUCAACUCGUCAAACAUGAAUCAACUACCCGAUGAUGAUAUUCCAGAAUGUUUGUGGGCAACUAUGGAAAUCUCGAAUAAUAUUGAACUAGCUGAUCAAGAAAGAGCAAAUUAUAUUCCAGAUCCUUUACAGGAUGCGCAGAAAUCGAUGGAUAAUACGUCAGUGCCAUUAGCCACAAGCGCUGUACUCGACGUCAAUGGUGUCAGUGUAUCAUGUGAUGAUGUUACUAAAUGUCUGCUUGAGAAAAUACGAAUGGAAACAAAAGAUAAAACCGUAAGCACAGAAGCAAUUGAACAACAUGACGAAGAUACUGUGUACAUGAUCCCACGCGGUCAUAAACCAGCUAAUGAAUAUUUAAAUCCCGAGUUAUUGAUGGGAAUGUUUCCUACAUUGUUUCCAUAUGGAUGUGGAGCUCUUGAAGAUUCCAGUCGACCUGUUAAAAUAUCCUUGCUGGAGCAUAUACGUUAUCUAUUGUCAUUGGAAGAUCGACGAUUUGAGAAAAAUGAUUCAUUUAUUUUCAUCGUCUUCAAUAUGAUGCAGCGUCGUACAGCAUGUUUUCACGCUCAGCUCAUGACAACACGACCAUAUUUUCAACAAUCAGCUCAGACACUUGAAACAUUGACUUCUAAUGAUGUAGCAACAGCUUUGAUGAAUAUUUCCAAACAAGCUAAUUUAACGGUCGCUGAUCCGCGAGUUAAUGUGCUGAUGAAACAUAUAAAAGCUGUUGGUGGUCGUGUCAUGGGCUCAGCCCAAUCUCGAUCAGCCCUUCGUACUAAAAUUCACGCUCUUUGCUUCUAUCAAGGUCUGCCUAGUCUUUUUGUGACAAUCAAUCCAGCUGACAUUCACAACCCAGUGGCAUUGUACUUCGCUGGCGUUGAUUUGAAUCUUGAUAAUAUUUUGACAGACGAUAUGCGCACAUCCUAUGAACGUGCACAUAUAAUUGCAACCCAUCCAGUAGCUGCUGCGAAAUUUUUUAACAUUUUGAUAAAAAAUAUUUUGAAAUGUCUUGUUCUUGGUGGUAUACUUGGCCCUACAAGUGCAUACUUUGGUACCGUAGAAAGCCAAGGAAGAGGAUCUCUACAUUUACAUCUACUAAUCUGGCUUGCCCACGAUUUCACCCCUACACAACUAAAAGAGAAAAUUCAAGAUUCAGAAUUUCGUGCAAAAUUACUUAGUUAUAUUGAGGACGUAGUCAAAGAAGACCUAGAUCUAUUUCAAGAUAAAACCAACAAUCAGUCAACAGAAGCUACAGCGGUUGCCACUAAUGAUUCUGUACAAGAGACAAUGCAUGUGAAUCCUGCAACUUUACCCAUACCAAAUCCGGAUUCUACUAAUUUUGUUCAAAUGUUCCAUGAAUACGUAAGAAAACUUGUUGAGACAGUUAACGUUCAUAAGCAUUCAGCGACUUGCUAUAAAUAUUCCAAAGCAAAAUCAGAUACUACGAAAAAGUGCCGGAUGCGCAUGCCGCGAGCACUUGUGGCCGCAUCAAAUAUUGAUCCAAGCACAGGUGAAAUAGUUAUGAAGCGAUCUCAUCAAUGGAUAAAUAACUUUAAUGAAUGGCUAAUAACUGCUUGCCGGUCUAAUAUGGACAUUAAGUUCAUCUGGAGUGGGAGCGAUGCUAAAGCACUCGUGUACUACAUCACAGACUAUGUAACAAAAUCAAGUUUAUCCUUUUAUGAUAUGUUUUCCUUAGCUCAACAAGGAAUGAAAUCUAUUGAACAACGUGAAACUAAAAGUUUUUCUGAGAAUAUCAUCGAAAAGUCCCGUAAACUAGUUUUACGGUGCUAUAAUAUGAUAGCCUCCCAUCAAGAGGUAUCUGGUGUUCAAGUGGCAUCGUACCUAAUGAAUUAUGGUGAUCACUAUACCACACAUACGUUUCAAAAUCUUUUCCUUAUUGCUAUUGAAAACUAUUUGCAAAUGGAACUAAAUAAAGCAAAAUGUAGCAUACAGUUGGUGGAAACUGGAAAUCUUAACGAGCUUUUGGAAACGUUACACCAAGACGAACAACAAGAAGUAACAGAAACGGGAGAGGAAUUUAUUCUUGAACCUAUUAAAGAUGGUAAAGAAUAUGUGUUAGUAAAUACUCGACUUGAUUAUCAAUAUCGAUCAAAAGAUCUCAAUGAAAUAUGUUUGUACGAGUUUGUCAGUAAUUAUCAUAAACGAAUAAUAGAUGGGUCAGAUCGUCGUAUCUUGAAAGAUAUAUCAGCCAAUGAAGGUAUACAGCUUAAUACUAAAGGUACAAAAAUGAAUGAGCGUCAUACUUUUGAGCACGCGCAUCCGCAAUCGUCGUCUCACAUCCUAAUUAAAAGAAGUACUCCAGUUGUUCCAGUCCUUCUUGGACCACAAGUACCCCGCCAUGAUCGUGAAGAAACUCGUGAACGGUACCAUCGUGCCUUAUUAACUAUGUUUAUUCCUUGGCGAACAGUGAUUGAUCUUUGUCAUGGGAAUGACACAUGGUCUGAUGCAUUCGAAGCUAGAAAAUCAUUAGUAUCUCUACAAGCACAGAAAAUCAUACAAAAUAUGCAACUAUUUCACGAAUGCAAGAAACAGCGUGACGAGCAUUUACUUCAGGUGAUCAGCCAAGAUCAAACUGAUGAUGUUAUUGAUCCUAUUCUUUUUCCAAAUGGUCCAACAGAUGUUGAUGACGAUAAUGAAGAUUGUAAUGGAAAUGAAUUAUUGCAAAUGCUAAGCAUUUCAAAUGAAAAUACAAUUAAGACAUCUUCAGCAACAUUGAAUACUCGUGAACAGCGCUACAUAGAUGAAGCACUUCAUUCAAUUGAUAGUACCGACAGAUUUCCUAUGAUCAACCACAAGCGUAUUGGGAAAGCCGCCUACCAUGAGGCUUUAGUUGAUCCGAAUACAUUCAAAGAAUGUACGUCACGCUUGGCCACCAUGAAUAAGCAAUGGAAGCAUGCUAUUGAAACUAAAAAAGAAAAAGCAAGAGCUUUUCUGAUUACAGGUGAAGACCAAACCUUAGAUUCGGAGAGUGAGGUAGAAAAUGAAAUCAUACCAAUUAUUCAAUCUACGCAACAAAUAAGCAAGCAGCCUAAAGUUAUAUCCUCGGUGACCACUACGAAAAUGUCUAUUUUGACCAUACAAAUGGACAUCGUAAAUGAGUAUACGCUAAAUAAAGAACAAAAACUUGCUUUUAUGAUCAUAACUGGUCAUUUAAAUGGUGAAAGUCGAUUUCGCAUAGGUCUAUUAUAUACAUAUAGCUCUAUAAAUCAAUUUUAUCUGGAUAUUAUUUUUAUAGAUAAUGAAGAUAAUCAAUUGCUUAUGUGUGUACCUGGCUGUGGUGGCACUGGUAAAUCUCAAUUAAUUCGUGCCAUCACAAGAUAUUUUGAGGUCACCAAACGCUUGAAGAUGCUCCGAGAGAACAAUAAGAUUCCUAAAAAGUAUCGAUCGAAAACAUUCAGACCAGGCGAUAAUAAGUUGGAAACUCAAUGGCGUGAUGUGGAAUAUAUAAUUAUCGAUGAGAUGAGUAUGGUUGGACUCAGCUUGUUUGCUCGAUUGAAUCGAGUAGUGCAAACAGCGAAGCAUUUCAGAUCUGAUGAAGCGUUUGGUGGUGUUAACGUAAUAUUCUUUGGAGAUUUUCUGCAGUACUCUCCAGUAUUAGAUAAGCCAUUGUAUGCUAAUUUGGAGAUAUCUCGCAUACGUAUGGAGCGAGAUAUUGAGAUUCAAUGUGCUCAGAAAAUUAUGUCGCAGAUAAAUUGUGCAGUUGAAUUAACUCAGCAGAUGCGUACUGAAGAUAAACAGUACUUAGGGCUGCUAAAUCGUUUACGUAAAGGACAAUCAACUAUGGAAGAUUGUCAACUUCUUUGCACACGUGUUGUUGGGAAAGACUGCUUGCAAGAGUCGUUAUCUAAGCCACCAUGGGAUGAAGUAUGCAGCGAAAAGCUUCUCUUUCUUAACUAUAAGGGAAUUUCUUACAGGCACUCAUGUCUGCAACCAGUGGUCUGUGUUGCUCAAGAUGAUACAGGUAGAAAACUAAUUGAAAAUUCACGAUUACGUAAAGCAAUUCUGGGACUACCAGAUAAUGAAACUGAACAUCUACCAGGAUACCUCCCGCUCAUACCAGGAAUACCAGUUUUACUUACAGAAAACAUCGCCACGGAACUUGGGUUAUCAAAUGGCGUUAGAGGAAUAUUUCAUCAGCUAAUAUAUGACAAUUCAUCUGACACUCAUGACUUCAAUGACGAGAUUUUCCCAGCGAAUACUAAGCUUAUAACACAGCCCAAGUAUGCCCUAGUGGAAUUCCCAAAUUGCAAGCUCGAAUCGGCACUGGACACGCUCACACCAAAAAUGAUUCCUAUUCCUGUCAGCGAGCAAACUUUCUCUUUCGAUGUAAGUGAGUAUCUUCCUAAAUCAGCUUCGAAAGCUUUAAAAGGAAGGAAAGCAUCUACAAACAUUACUGUGAAACGAAAGGCUCUUCCAUUGGUUCCAGCAUAUAGCAUCACAACGCACAAAAGUCAAGGCCAAACUUUACCUAAAAUUAUUGUUGAUUUGGUAACGCCUCCUGGUACAGUAGCAUUGGCUUCUAUAUACGUUCCUCUAUCUCGUGUCAAGCGCCUACAAGACUUACUGAUUUUUCGUCCAUUCGAACUUGAUGUAUUACAGAAAAAACCAUCAAAAUCACAACUGGAAGAACGCAAAAGGCUCGAUAUGAUCGUUAAAAAAAACUCACCAGCGAUAUUGUUGACCCGAUGA